AUGGCUCCAACCUUCUUGCGCCAGCGCGAGAAAUUGCCACGGGAGCGAUUUGUGAGCUACUUUUCGGGCCUGAAGACACAGGCAUACUACGAUCCUGCCGCUGCCAGAGCGCUGUCCUACCACGACCCGGCUGCAACAGAGAAGGGCGAGAUCAUCGGAGUGCGAUCCAUCUCCUGGAACCCGCUGAGCACACUGGUUGCUACGGGCUCGAGUGACAAGAGCAUCCGCGUGUGGAACCCCGAGAAACCGAAUGUGCAGCAUUCAACACAGCUAAAGGGUCACACGGCACCGGUGGAGAAGGUGGCCUUCAAUCCUGUUCGCGAUGCUGAGCUGUGUAGCGUCAGUGCCGACGGCGUGGUCAAGUUCUGGGAUGUGCGCACAAAGGCGUGUGUCAACGAGGUUCGCAACCUGGGCGACACGUUCACGCUGGCCUGGGCGCCGGACGGGGACAGCCUUGUCGUCGGAAACAGGGAAAACGACCUGCACGUUUUGUCGCCGACACAGCCGACACCACUGAUCACGAAGCGGCAACCGGCGAGGACAAACGACCUUGCAUUCUGCUGGGGUGGGAAGAAGCUGUUUGCCGCCUCUAGCGACGGCCGCACGAGGAUACUGUCGUUCCCCGACCUGGAGCCGUGUUUCCGCGGCAAUUUCACCGCGGCCACUUCUGCCACCGACGACGACGACGACGACACAUCUGCUGUCGAGUUUGCGCUCCGAGGCCACACGGCCGAGUGUCUGACCGUGGCUAUGAGUCCGACGGGGCGCCACCUGGCUACCGGCGGCUCGGACGCUAUCAUUGCGCUGUGGGAUACGGCAAAGUGGACGUGCCAGCGGACGAUCACCAAGAUGCUCGGCCCGGUUUGCAGCCUGAGCUUCAGCUGGGACGGAAACUAUGUGGUGGGCGGAAGCAGUGAGGGCACAGGCCUGGAGGUCACCCGGCCUGAAAGCGGCGAUCACAUCUACACCUUCAAGACAGCACAGCCGGUGCCCGUAGUGUCAUGGGCACCGACACGGUAUUUCCUGGCGUACAGCGAGCUCGGAAGUCUGCGCAUCGUCGGCGUCGACACGGAGAGAAGGGCAUGA